UCGAUUUGUUUUUUUUCUAUUGGCUUCAAACAUACAUACACAAAUUUAAAAAAAUUGUUUUCUGUGAUUGACAAAAAUCUUGAUCCAUUUCAAUCUAUAUCGAGAAUGAAAUCAGGCUCUAUUCAUUUUCUAAUACUGGUUUUACCAGUUAUACUUGCCAAUCAAAAUCUCACCGUAAAUGACACCGAACAUUUUAAAAAAUCGGAUUUGGUAAAUAAUUCAACAAAAGUCGAUCAAUACAAGGAAAAACCACAAGAAGAAUCACUAAUGAUUGAUGAAACAUUCCAUGAUGAACAACAGGAUGAUGAUUUGGCUGAAUUCGAAUCACCUGAUUUUGAAUCCGAAGAAGGCAUUAAAACAGGUGAUGAUUAUUAUAAUGAUUAUAUGACUCAUAAAGGACCGGCCACUACCCAUAAAGGUGAUAAAGGAACUACCAAAAAAGGUGGUGGGGCAACCACCCAUAAAGGAAAUGGAGCUACAACUCACAAAGGUGGUGCUGUAACAACACAUAAAGGUGGUCCUGUAACAACACAUAAGGGUGGUGGAGGAACCACACCCCAUCGUGGCCACAAUGGAAGCAACAAACAAUCGGCGUACAAUUUAGGAACAAUUUUUGUCGUAUUGGCCAUCACAUUCGGGCAAAUCAUCGAUUAACGUGUUUCGUUCUUUUUUCCCAAAUCGAAUUUAUAUUUUCUAAUUAUUUAUUUAUCGAAAUGUUGAAUUAAAUAAAUAAAAAUAGCUUGAAUCAUUUU